AUGGUAUCAGGAAAGCGAAGUAAGAACCAGAUCCGGAGGGAGCGACAGAAGCAGCGAAAACUAAACGAUACCUCGCUGCAGAAUGCAGGCACCUUAAAAUCUAGUCAUGAGAACAACUCAAACGAGCCUAAAUCCAUCGAAAAAGAACCUUCCACUACACUAACCCAAGAAAUAGAAUCUGAUCCUUUGUUCAGUCAGUACCAAGAAGUAUUCAGUAAAUGGGGAAAGAGCGACCGCGUCACUCUGAAUGGAAAUAGUCAACUACAAAUUGCUUCUCACUCAUUAUCGUCAGAAGAGGAAAGUGAACCAGAAACAAUUCAUAAACCAGCGGUAAAACGAGAGAAAAUUCCACUUGCUGACCUUAAAGCCGGCACUAGGAGGCCCCAGGUAGUUGAAUGGCACGACCAAGAUGCACGAGAUCCAGUAUUUCUCGUUUCCAUCAAGUCGCAACCAAACGUAGUUCAAGUCCCUGACCACUGGUCUUCUAAGCGAGAUUACCUUGCCAACCGCAGAGGGUUUGAGAAACCACCAUUCCAGCUUCCUCAUUACAUACAAGAAACAGGCAUUCAGGAAAUGCGAAACGGAGAUGCUGACAAGACUUUAAAACAACUGCAGAGGGACCGAGUCCAACCUAAAAUGGGCCGACUAGAUCUUGAUUACCGCAAAUUGCAUCGAGCUUUCUUCGAAAAACAAUCCAAGCCCCGCCUCUUUGGGUUUGGUGACAUAUAUUACGAGGGUAGAGAACUUUCAGAUGUUCAUUCGGAUGCCAUAGAACUGAUUAAGCCGGGAGUAGUAUCGAAAGAGCUUCGCCAAGCUCUUGGGAUUCUGACCUCUGAUCGAACCCCACCUCCAUGGUUGGGUCUUAUGGCAACUAUCGGUAAACCUCCAGCUUAUAAAGAUCUAAUACUACCUGGUGUGGAUGUUCCUUAUGCAAACUCCGGAUACCGUAAUACGGUUGAACCACCAACUACCGAUUACGAACUCUGGGGUAAACUAGAGGAAGUUGAUGAAUCAGAAGAAGAAGAAGACGAAGAAAAUAACGAACAAGAAUCAGGUGAUGAAGAGGCUGAAUCUGAAAAUGAAGCGGAAGACCUGCCCCAGAUCGUCACCAGUGCAAUUCCUAUCGAGGAAUCGAAGCUGCGAAUUCGACCUUCUACCACCAAGGAACCUCUGUUCUCUGUUGCCAAUGAGCCUAAAGUCUCGGAGGAUCAACUGUUGUAUACUGUUGUGGACGAAACUACACUUUCUUCUGGAAAUAAGGUUCUUCCAUCUCAAAAAGGCUAUAACUUGAGGAGCAAUGACAAGGCAAAAACGGAGAAGAAUCCUGCCAGUGAAGAGGUCAAGCAACGAAAAAAGUACAAAUUUUGA